UACAGCCGCGCUUUAGUGUGCGUCUUCAUCCAAUUUGUUCCGUUUAGUCUCAGACUGCGCGCAUUUCUUAAAGCAGCACAUCGCAUCAAAAUGGUUUUUAAAAUUGACUCUGAAGUUAUUGAUUAAGAAGGUUUUAAUUUCCGGCAUAGGAUGAAAAUUGUAGCCUGGGGGCUAAAUGAUGUGACAUUAUCGAACAGAUUGCAUUCAAACGAAGGAGACGGUUUAAUAAUGGGCGUUUUUUUGAAUUCAUUUCACAUGCCGUGAAAUGUGUGAGGCAGCUUUGGAUGAAAGUGCCUUAAGCACUUGGAAUUACAAAAACAAUGGAUGUAGCUUGCUUAAAAUUUGUGGGAUGUAACAACAAAAUAUGGAACACCUGUUGUUAUUAGGGAUCGCUUUCAUUCUGGUUGGCCUGGCGCGAGGUGAAAACGUCCUGACGUCAUACCCAUGUCCACGUCAGUGCAACUGUUACCAAGGAAGCGUGGAUGAGGAGGUCGUCAGCAUCGUCUGCCGAGUGGAUUAUAUCCACCCUGAUGAUGAUUUUUACGUCAUCCGUACCCAAAUAACUAGCAUAUUAUACAUUAUCUGUACAGAGAAAGAUACGUUAUCACACGUUAAAGACGGAAUGUUUAACAACUUGGAAUCUUUCAUGGGGCUAAGCGUCGAGAACUGUAGAGUUUCGUACAUGCCAGGAAAUUUUUUAUCCGGGUUACAGUCACUGGAACAAAUCGAAAUCAAAUCGGCCGGAACAUUGGAAAUGGAAGAUUCCGUAUUUCAUCAAGUACCAAAACUUACUCACGUCACGAUUGCCUCUAGUCACGUGGUCAAAAUGCCUGAUCUCUGCAAAUUAUCAAAUUUGAAGUUCCUUAAUGUUAGCGAUAAUGAUUUUCAGUCUAUGGAAUCUACAGGUGUUUUAUGUAAAAAUGACACAGUUCUACCACAUCUUACCACCCUAAUUUUGGACAAAAACUCAAUUUUCAAUAUUUCCUCCGGAAGUUUGAAAUCUUUGCCAAAUUUGAACGACUUCCGAAUUGCUGACGGAAACCUUGUGAAUAUAGAAGAAGAUGCCUUAUCAGACAUACAGAAAAUAACAUUCCUUGACCUCACGAAUAAUGCCAUCUCAAACGUUUCAGUGUCUCAAUUUUCUUGGAACAGAGAGCUAGAAGUAUUGGGACUGGGUCGUAACCCUUUGAAGCAAAUCCACCCAAAAACAUUUUCCAGUGUCAAGAACUUGAUCGUAUUAACGUUGGACUAUUCAGGUCUUGAUAACGCAGUAUGGGAGUCUUUGUACCCCUUUCGUCAGUUAAAAGACCUACAGUUACAAGGUAAUAGCGUGACAAUGCUUAAUCGCACGGUGCUGCGCAGCCUCUCCUCGCUCCGAAACCUUGACUUAGGUGAUAACAGGAUCUCAGAUUUGUCAACCGAAAUGUUUCAAGCAAUGGCAGAACUGCAGUUCUUACAUGUCAAUCAAAAUAAUUUGACGGAGAUAAGAAAUAAUACUUUUCUUGGAUUGCAAAAACUAGUUGCCCUUGACCUGCGCGGAAAUCGAAUCAAAACGAUCGAGAAAAGUGCAUUCAGUCAUUUUGUUUCACUCGCAGAACUUGAUCUGUCAAACAACUGUUUGUCAAAGAUCCCCAGCUUCAAUAACGCGACAACUUUACAGUCACUAGACCUAAGUUCUAACUAUAUUCAAUUGCUGUCUUCCAAUGCCUUGAAAGGACUACAGAACCUUCAAAAUUUGGUGCUGUUUAACAACAGUAUAAAACAAAUAGAAACUGGUGUUUUCCGUUUCGUGCCUGCACUACAGACAGCCGACUUCUCCUUUAACGAAAUACAUCGCAUUUUAAAAGAAACGUUUGAAGGUCUGCAACAGCUGUCCACUCUUUUUCUACAAAACAACCUCAUCGAGAAUAUUUCAAUCGAAGGGCAUGGUAUACCUAGCCUCAGAACACUCAAUUUGAGCUCAAACCUAUUGUCCUCUAAGAUUGCGAGUGGAAUGUUUCCGGACAACGUAGAAAACCUGGAUUUAUCCUACAACAACAUAAGUGACAUUACGGAGUAUGCUUUCUAUAGCUACGAGCAUCUAAGAAGACUAUCUUUGAAAGGAAACAAAUUGACGACACUCGCCAUGAAUGAUCUUGCGGUUCCUAUAGAUCAAAGUAGGAGAACCAUUGUGUAUAUUUCAGACAAUCCAUUUGAUUGUGACUGCAAAUUGAUUUGGCUGCGAAAGAAAGUAAACGAGAUAAGCAUGAACAGCGGAUUUCCGAUGGUGGGGGACAUCUACUCCGUGCAAUGUGAGAAAGGCUAUCGGAUCCAAGAACCUGUGCCCUUUUAUUCCAUUCCAACGAGAGAUAUGCUAUGUGAGUAUACUACAGAAUGUACCAAAAACUGUUUCUGCUGCGAGUUUGAACCUUGCGACUGCAAGUUUGUUUGCCCAUAUGGGUGUUCUUGCUAUAGUAGUGCAGACUUCAUGACAACUCAUUAUGUACAGUGCACCAAACGCGGGCUGACAAAAAUACCAGCUGGUUUUCCCGCUUCUUCCACGGAAGUUUCUUUGGAUAGAAACAACAUCUCUGAAAUCUACAGUAGCAGCUUCGUUGGACUGAUCUAUCUGAGAGUGAUUCACCUUGACCAUAGUGGCAUAACAACUUUAGCCAACAACAGCUUUAUUGGACUCCUACAGUUGAAAACUCUUUAUCUGAACAACAAUGAACUUCAAGAAAUAAAUAGAGGCGUGUUCAAUAAACUCUGGAAUUUAACUGAACUUCAUCUCGAGUACAACAACAUAGCUUACAUAGAGGAGGGUGCCUUUUCUGCGCUGACGUCACUGUCCACUCUUUUUCUUGACCACAAUCUACUUAUUUCCCUUCCACAGUCUGCGACGAACCAUUUCUUUUGGUUCCUUAGCAACAUAAGACUUGGAGAGAAUCCAUGGAGUUGUAGUUGUGACGUCAUGGCGGAGUUCAUUCCGAUGGUGAUGAAUAGAUCAGUGGUUAUUUCGGAUUACAGUGAUAUGUACUGUAAAGAAACAGGUGAAAAUGCAAACUUUAGCAUGAAAGAGGUACUUGUUAAACGUUGUACAAACAUAACAUCAGAACAAGUUUUCGAAAUGAAACAGUUGGACAAUUGGCCAAACAUCUUAAAAAUCCUUGUGAUAACUGUUGCUGCCAUUAUUCUUACGACAUUUUUUAUUAUUAUAGUCAUUUGUUUGUGGCGCCCAAUCGUUCUCUUUACCCAUCGCAAAUGUAAAUGUUGUGUUCGAAAAAGAUACCCCGAAGACGGGGACAAAAGUUUUGACGCCUUUCUUGCUUACAGUCAUAAGGAUGACGACUACGUCACCAGAGAAUUCAUUCCACGCUUGGAGAACGAACUUAAAUAUAGACUCUGUGUGUAUUAUAGGGAUUUUCCGAUAGGUGGCACUAUCGCGGACACAGUUGCUAGCAGUAUCAACAGGUCAAAAAGAACAAUUCUUUUAGUGUCCAAACACUUCAAUGACCACGAGUGGAGGAACACUGCCUUCCAACACUCGUUCGGUGGUCUCUUCAAACAGAAGGACAACCACCUUAUUAUUGUUUUACUAGAUGAUGCGAAAGGGAUGAAGUUGGAUAGACAAUUAAAAGUUCUCGUGAAGUCCCAUCACGUUAUAAGUUAUCGCGACAUGUGCUUUUGGGAGCAGCUUCAGUACAAGAUGGGCUCUUCUAAGCGUUCUAUCGUUCGAAACAACACCCCUGAUUUAAUACUCAACCAUAGUUAUACUCAGCAGCAGGAUGCUGAUGGUUACGAGACGCCUGUAUCGUCGUCUGCUAGUAACACAGAGACAGAUAAAUGCCGGCGUUCACUGGACAGCAUUAACAACAUCUACGAAGAAAUUCGAUCAUCCAAACUGUCCGACAUCAGUCUUGUUUAGAUACAAUUCCCUUGAAACCAAUCAGCAUAUAACAAUUUGACAGCAACUUAUAUAAAUUUUGAAUUUAAGUAUACCUAACUUAGCAUACGGAACUUGCCAUUUUAAAAUGAAAUACAUGUUGUUGUGCGCAAUUUGGAAAAAAAUAGUGCAUUUUGAUUUAAUGCUAAUUUUGCAUAUUGUACAUGUAACUUUUAACCGCGACAAUGCAUGUUUAUGUGCAUGUUUUUACUGCCAAAGAUAUUAUGAUGUUAUAUUACAUACUUUUGCGUAAUGUUCAUGCUUUUGUUUUGUAUAGUUAAUGAUUUUAUUCAGUCAUUAACGUGUUCACAAUGCGGGGAAUCUCCCUUUUGCAAUCAAAAUUCUAGUCAUUAAACUUUUAUUCGUCAUUA